AUGUCUGACACUGAUCUACGCCGCGCAGAAUUCCGUCGCUUCCUUCAAAGGACCGGCGUGUCUGACGCUAUUACAAAGGCGUUUGUGGCUCUUUAUGAAGAGGCCGAGAAGCCACCAAAUGCGUUGGAGUACAUUGCACAAUACCUUGGAUGCUCUGGCGAAGACCGUAUUGUUAGUCUUACAAAUCAGAUCAAUGAGCUAAAGAAGGAAAACGCUGAGUUAAGGAUGCGUCUAGAGGCCAAGAACAAUGCGGAUGAUUGA